AUGGCAAUUCACUAUUUGAUUCUGUUGUCCCGUCAGGGGAAAGUGCGCCUUGCCAAAUGGUUUACUACUCUCUCGCCGAAGGAAAAGGCCAAGAUCAUCAAAGAUGUGACCCAGCUCGUUUUGUCUCGUCGCACCCGCAUGUGCAAUUUCCUCGAAUAUAAGGAUACCAAGGUUGUCUAUCGUCGUUAUGCGUCCCUUUUCUUCAUCGCCGGAUGUGCAUCCACCGACAAUGAAUUGAUCACCCUCGAAGUCGUGCAUCGAUAUGUGGAACAGAUGGACAAGUAUUACGGCAACGUCUGCGAACUGGACAUCAUCUUCAACUUCCAGAAAGCCUACUUUAUCCUGGAUGAACUCUUGCUGGCAGGUGAGAUGCAGGAAAGUAGUAAAAAGAAUGUUCUUCGGUGUAUCAGUCAACAGGACAGCUUGGAAGACAUGGAGGUUGAGGAAGAUGUGGUUACGAAGCUCAUGUAG